AUGUUCAAAGUCUUUAAAACAACGGGUAUAGAAGGGAAUUACAAUAUCUCUGCCAAUCCUACUUUUGUAAGCAACAAUUGUUGGGCUAUAUAUCCAGCCAAACAUAAAACUACUAAGAAGGCCUAUUCAGUGUGGCAAUUUCAAAAGAAGGACUGGGAAACACGUCUUACAAAUGACGGAAUAAUAACUAAGAACAACAAAAAACUUGUAUUAAACGAUAUAUAUGAGAACAUACGUUUGUUCAUUGGAAAUCAAGCAAAGCUAAAACAUCCUAAUUUUUUAACAGUUAUUGAACCUCUUGAAGAUCACAAGAAUAGAAUUUUAUUUGUCACAGAAUAUGUUGUUAGUGAUUUGAACAACACUGAUAAAAGUGAUUUAGAUGAGAUCAUGAUUACAAAGGGACUUCUCCAAGUCUCGAAUGGGCUGAAAUUUUUGCACGACUCUGUACAGAGCGUAGAUCUGAAUAUCAACCCUUCAUCCAUCGUGAUAACCGAAAACUGCGACUGGAAAAUUUGUGGUUUGCCAUUUCUAGAAAACAUAGCCAAUGGUAUUGCAGAGAAAUUUGUUGAUCCAAUAGAUUCCAGAUUACCUUCGUUUCUCAGCAUAGAUUUCAGGUUUUCAAGCCCUAAUCUUUUACUUAAACAUAAAGUUGACUAUAUAAAUGAUCUGUUUUCUCUUUGCUGUGUGAUAUACUUCUUGUUUAAUGAUGGUGAAUAUAUGAUCAAAUGUCACCAGUCAUCUGGUUUAACGGAUUAUGAGAGACAGAUCAAAAAAUUAAAUCAAGUUCUUGGCAGUAUUCAAACGAAUAGUACCGGAAAUAAGCAUGCAUUUUUCAACAAAAUACCAGACAACUAUUACAUCACUUUCAUUGACAUUUUGCAAAACUCACAGGAAUCCAAUACCGAUGUGAUUCAACUUAAAAAAAUCAUAACAGUAAACGAUCUUAUCGAGUCGAAUAUUUUCAAUAACGAAUUGAUCAGGAUUUUGAAUAUCAUAGAUGAGUUUGAAACAUUACCUGUAACAGAAAAAAUAACAUUUUUGAAAAAAUUAAAACUUGAGAUUGAGAAAUUUCCCAAACCAUUAUUAAUUAAUAAGUUCAUUCCAAUCUUAAUCAAUGCGGUCGAUAUGGACCAAGUUAAAAAGAAUGUGCAACCAACGCCUGAAAUGGAAGAAUUGAUUAUUGAAAGUUGUGACAACUUAGUCAUUCUUUCUCAAAACUUAUCGCAAUUAACAUUUACAGAUAAGGUAUUUCCGUUUAUUUUAAUUCUGUUAAAGAGACUACAAUUUGAUGGCUUCAAGAUUCUGCUUUUAAAAAAUUUACCUAUCAUACAGAAGUGUUUAAAUGCAUCAAUUGAUAAUAACUCAAGCAAUGAUAGUUUCCAAAAAUUCUCCUUAGAUUUAUUUGAUAAAUGUAUCAACGAGAAAAAUUCUUUGGCUGUCCAAGAGCUUACUCUGGUAAACUUGAAAACGCUUUUACCAUUUCAGCCUUAUUCUGUAAUUACCUCAGACAUUUUACCCCGUAUUUGCACCAUCUACUCGACUACAACCUCAUUGAAAAUCAAAAAUCUGACAUUAGCCUCUUUCAUCACUAUGAUUGUUGAAGUCAAAAAUAAUUCCCUUGACGACUUUCUCGUUGUUGAUAAAAUAUUACCAUUAAUUUAUAACACUUCAUCCGCAAAUUAUGCAAAUACAAAAUUCACCAACAACAUCCUCAAAUUGUACAAUUGCAUUUUCGAUAAACUUUCCAAAUCUACAAACAAAUCGUUUAACUCUCAAGGUAAUGAAACAGAGAUAUAUGAUAUCAUCAUGGAAAUUGGGUUUCAUGUAUGGAAAAUUGCAAAAUUGAUUACAAAUAGGCAAGAUUUGAAUGUUGCUUAUGGUACAUGGAGCAAAGUUGAGAACUUUUUGAAAAAAGACUUGGAUAGCAAGGUAACGGAU